AACCCCGGAGCGGACGUUUCCCGCUGCGGCUGGGCUUGGGCUUCGGCUCUGCUCCCGCGGCUUCUGCGGCUCCGGCUGGGGCUUUGGCCGGGUUCGGGCCAUCUCUCGCUGCAGACGCUGCUGCCGCCAGCCCGCUGCUCUCGGCUUGGCCAUGAGGAGGCGGCGGCGGCCGCUGCGGCCUGUGUCAAGGUGACCGGCCGGGACUGCGGCGGCCCCGACAACGACAGCGGCCCCGACAUUGACAGCGGCCCCCAGCCUCAGAGCAGGAGAGCCGGGAGAACUUGCUGUUCUGAAAGAAAUGCACUCUAAUCCAGCACCUGGUGAAUUGACAAUAUGCACAGCAAUGUAGAUGACAGUUCUCCCUCUGGAUGUGGAUAGUGUUCUUUCCCUCAGAAUUAUCCUGGAUCAUUGCAUUGCUGCUAGAAUCCUCCCUGUAUUUUGUGUCACCAGCUGAGGUGGACCUGACCCCCCCCCCCUCGAGGCCCGGAGAGAGCAUGUAUAAACGGAAUGGCCUGAUGGCCAAUGUCCUGGUCACCUCUCCAACUCCCCAGGGCAGCAGCAGCUCAGACUCUCUGGAAGGACGGAGCUGUGACUACGCCAGUAAAAGCUAUGAUGCCGUUGUGUUUGAUGUAUUGAAAGUGACUCCUGAGGAGUUUGCUAGCCAGAUUACUCUCAUGGAUAUUCCAGUAUUCAAAGCUAUACAGCCAGAGGAAUUAGCCAGCUGUGGAUGGAGCAAGAAAGAGAAACAUAGCCUUGCCCCUAAUAUUGUGGCUUUUACCAGGAGGUUUAAUCAGGUCAGCUUUUGGGUUGUGCGGGAGAUUCUGACAGCACAGACUUUAAAAAUAAGGGCGGAAAUCCUGAGCCAUUUUGUGAAGAUAGCAAAGAAACUUCUGGAGCUCAACAAUCUUCAUUCUCUCAUGUCUGUGGUAUCAGCAUUACAAAGUGCACCCAUUUUCAGACUGACAAAAACAUGGGCUCUUUUGAAUAGAAAAGACAAGACCACUUUUGAAAAGCUGGACUACUUGAUGUCUAAGGAAGAUAAUUAUAAGAGGACUCGGGAAUACAUCCGAAGCCUGAAGAUGGUCCCCAGUAUUCCCUAUUUAGGAAUUUAUCUUCUGGAUUUAAUCUAUAUCGAUUCUGCAUACCCAGCUUCAGGAAGCAUCAUGGAAAAUGAACAAAGAUCCAAUCAGAUGAACAAUAUUCUGCGAAUAAUAGCUGACUUACAAGUCUCCUGUAGCUACGAUCACCUCAUAACAUUACCACAUGUGCAAAAGUAUUUGAAGUCUGUUCGCUAUAUUGAAGAGCUUCAGAAGUUUGUUGAAGAUGACAAUUACAAAUUGUCUCUGAGAAUUGAACCCGGAAGCUGUUCUCCCCGACUGGUAUCUUCAAAGGAGGAUCUUGCAGGUCCCUCAGCUGUGUCAGGUGCCCUGAGGUUCAGCCGGAGGCCGACCUGUCCUGAUACUUCAAUUGCCGCCAGCCUCCCCACGCCCCCUGUCCCGCGUCACAGGAAGAGCCACAGCCUGGGAAACAAUAUGAUGUGUCAGUUCAGUGUAGUUGAGAGUAAAAGUGCAACGUUCCCAUCGGAGAGACCUCGUCACCUGCUGGAUGACAGUGUUCUAGAGCCCCAGAGUCCAGGCAGGGGCCAGGGCCGGGGCCUGACCCUCACCUCCUCCGCUGUCACCAAUGGACUCUCCUUAGGCAGUAGUGAAAGCUCAGAGCUUAGCGAAGAGCUGUCUUCAGGGCUGGAAAGGGGUCGACUCUAUGCUACCUUGGGACCCAAUUGGAGGGUUCCAGUUCGGAACUCUCCCAGGACCCGGAGCUGUGUCUACAGUCCCACAGGGCCAUGCAGCUGUGCACUGGGGAACUCAUCAGGGGUCAUUACCAUGGAGGGACCUUUGAGAAGGAAAACGCUACUCAAGGAAGGACGAAAGCCUGCGCUUUCCUCAUGGUCUAGAUACUGGGUAACACUUUCAGGAUCAACUCUGCUCUAUUUUGGAGCUAAGUCCUUAAGAGGUACUGACAGAAAACAUUAUAAAUCCACUCCUGGAAAAAAAGUUUCCAUUGUUGGAUGGAUGGUACAGUUACCAGAUGAUCCUGAGCAUCCUGAUAUUUUCCAGUUGAAUAAUCCUGACAAAGGCAAUGUUUACAAGUUCCAGACUGGCUCCAGAUUGCACGCAAUACUGUGGCACAAGCACUUGGAUGAUGCAUGUAAAAGCAACAGGCCUCAGGUACCUACUAACCUUAUGUCGUUUGAAUAAGCAGCUGCACAAUGCUUGGUGUGACACAAAAGUGCCAAACUGCAGGAUGGAGGAAAACUACACACACACACACACACACACACACACACACACACACACAAGAUCAUUCUUUGGGCGCUAGUCGUCUCUUACCUACACUCAGCUGUGCAAUUUCAAAGUGAUUCUGAUCAGCGCAUGAGUGGCCCAUGCAGUGACUUCCUCAUUCCUAUUGGCUCUAAGAAACCAUUGAACUCUGCUGCAGGACCCACAGAUCCUGAGCUACCUUGUGGCCACCAAUAACCCUGGACAAUUGCUGGAUCAUAGACUGGGCAUCCCAUCUUCUGCCUGGCCUUUUAUAAACAGUCCUUUUUAUGGUGAAGCUGCUUUCUGUGACUGAAGAACAUUUAGCCCAUGUUGGGUUUUCAAUUCUUUCUAAUGCACAAAGACAACAGGCAGUGUUCACUUGCUGCAAAGUGUCCAUUAGAGUAGAAGUCAUGGAACAACAUUUUUAUAACCUAAGUGCACUGAGUUGCUUAGCAAUGUGGCUGCCUCUGAUUUUGUAUAACAUCACACACACAAACACACACACUCACACUAUCCAGACAUUUCUACUGUGUGUGAGCUAUUUGGGAAACAUGUAUUUUGGCACCAGAUUUGCAACUUAACUCACUACAUUUGGUUGGAAGGAGCUGCUUUAUAGACUUAACGUUUCAGCGCUGUCUAGGUAAGACAAGAGUUCAUCACUGGAGGUCUUUCAGCUGUGGCACUGUAUGGAAGGGAUUCUUCUUCAGGUAUCGGGUUGGACAAGAUGCCCUCUGAGGUCCCUUCCAACCCUGAGAUUCUGUGAUUCUUUGAUCAUUGAGGUUUUAAAUUCAUUUUGGUUUAAUGUUCCCCUUGGGUUCUCUAACUCUACACAAUUAAUGCCUUAAAUCGCAUAUUGUUUUCUUUGACUAUGGGUGCUAUUCCUCUGAAAAGCCUGCUCCCUGGGGCAUCUCAGACUCCCUCUGACUUGGUGUCCAUGGAGCCUUAUUAUUGUCAGGUCUUCCAAGUCAGCGCCCCAGCCCCAGAAGAUGAACUGUCUUUUUACCCAUUCCCUUUUCUGUGGAGGGUCUGGGAGCACUUUGGGGUUCACCUUUGCCCUUUGUGCUAGAAAAGGAAGUAAAAAAGCUAUUCUCCAAAUGUCCCAGUAGUGCUGAGAUUUGGGGGAGAUAGAAGGCAGCUGUGGAGAGGCUGGGAGAGUCAAAGGAGCAGCCUUCAUGGUGACAACAAUUGGUGGCUUCUUUUCUAGUAGGACCACCCUGGCCUCUGCUGAGCUGAGCAUCUUGCUCGCCCAUCUCCACUGCCAUAGUAGAUGUGUCUGGAGACUUGAUGGGUCAGGGUGGCUGAAUUACCUUGAGACCUGACUGAGAUCUACCAGAAUCCUGCCUACCAAGUAUUCCAAAGCAGCACUGGCAAAUCUACAGACCUACCCUUCGGAAGACCCAUGAGGCAGUGAACCCAGCAGAGAGGCAACAGAGGCCCCACAACCUCCACUAGGUCAUGUGAUGAUAAACUGAGCCCUCUCUUAGGGGAACUAUUCCUAUCACAGGACAAUUUUUUUUUUCUAUUCUAUGUCUCCCUUGGUCUAAUUCUUUAAAAGUAUUUUUUUUCAUUCAUUCACUGAAUACAUGCUAACCUUAGUACACGAGAGGUCCUUUGUCAGGUUUAGAGAUAUUCAAAGGUGAGUGAGAUAUGAUAUUUCCUGUCCACCAGAAAAUUGCAGCCUAGUAGUUGUGUUGAAAUUUGCUUUAAUUAGAUAAAUGCAUUUUUAAAAAUGUAAAAUCUAAAUUGUUUACUGUCUCCCUGGAAAAUUUUUGCAAGGUUAGUUUUCUAAAUUCUGUAUUGAUCUUGUUAAUGAAAUCUUUAAAGAGCUUUUAAAAUGUAAUGGAAUUUUUGCAACCUUUAUAAAGAGUAAAGUUGAAAAGGUUUGAAUUACAAAACUGUCAAGAUAUUAUGGAAAUCUGUAUUCCUCAUGGAGUGUACAUAGAGGAAAGUGACAAGAAUGAAGAGGGGAAUGGAAAGCAUGCCAUGCAAGGAUUGGAUGAAGGACUUUGAGGUAUUUAGCCUGAAGAAGAGAAGACCCAGGGGAUACACAAUAGCUGUCUUCAUAAAGAUGAGAAAACUGAUUUACUUUUCUAGGGCCCAGAGGACAGAGCUGAGAGCAAUGGGUGUAACUUUCAGAGACAGAAAAACUUCCCAGAGGCUCUCAGAGCCAUCCAGAAGUGGAAUAGGCUGUCUCAGGAGGCAAUGAAUUCCAGAUCACUGAAGGAAAGAUGAACCCUUCAGAAGAUGUUGUAGGACUUAUUCUUGCUUCAGGUUUGGGGUGGCCUGCCUAACCUCUGAAAUACUUUCUAACUAUGAGGUUUCUAUGAUUCUAUGCCCAGCCUAAGUGCAGAACUAGAAGGUGGGACAGCAGCUAAUUAGGGUUUGGAGCUACACAUUUGUGAAAAUAAUCAUUAUUAUGUGAUAGCAAUGUAAAAGCACUUUACAAACCUCAAAGAACCGUAUAAAUGCUAGCUAUUACUAUUAUUAAUUAGAAAUGAAGAGCUAUCAUCUGUUUCAGUGAAGGAAAGGUAUACAUUAUUGAACUAUUAUCCAUGGAAAGAUUGAAAUACUGAAGCAUGCUUCAAGGAUCCAUUUUUCGGCAUGUAUUGUCAGGGUGGAGCACAGUGCCUGGCACGUGAAAGGCAUUUAUUUAUAAGGGAAGAGGAUAAGGACUUAUUAAGCACCUACUUUGUACCAGGCAGGGUGCUUAGUGCUUUAUAAAACCAUCUCAUCUGAUCCUUAUUUGACAAAUGUUUAUUUAAUGGAAUCUGUAACCUCAUCAUCACAGGUAUAUUCCCUCUAAUAGUACAGAUUACAAUCCAGCUGUGCCUUCUCAUAUAAACUCCCUGAGGCAAGGUACCACCCUGUUUUUGUUUUUUAAUCCCCAGCAAAUAGAACAGUACCUGGCACACAUGGAGACUUGGAGAGGGCUAAAGCCUCGACUGGUGAUUUAAUUGGCAUGGGGAACUCCUGAUUUGAAAACACCUACAGUUAAACAACUUCUCUGUAAUUCAAAGUCAUAGAGAGCUGCCUAGAGUACUAAAAAGUGACACAGCCAGUGUGGGCCAGAGGUAGGGCUCAAACACAGAUCUUCCUCACUCAAAGAUCAGUUCAGUACACUACAAUAACCUCUUAGAGUCCUUAAUCAAUUAGUUACUAAAUUUUUUAAAUACCUACUAUGGAUCAGGUGCUACAGUAAGUGCUGGGGAUAUAAAAAGAGGCAAUUGCAUUCUAAUGAGGAGAGACAAUAAGCAGGCAAACAUAUACAAACUAGCUAAAUAUGGAAUAAAAAGGAAAUAAUUAACAGAAAGGUACUAAAAUUAAGAGGGGUUGGGAAAGGCUUCCUGCAAAAAGUAGAAUUUUAGCAGGAAUCUGAAGAAAGACAAAAGGCAAAGAUAAAGAGGAAGAGCAUUCCAAGUAUGGGGGACAGCCUGAGAAAAUGCUAGUAAACAUUUAAUAACAGCAUAUUGAUUAAUCCAGAGUGAUUCUUAUCCAACUCCACCCACAAGUCCCCUUUAAAGAAUCUGUCCAAAAUACUGAAUUCUGUCCUCUAGGGUUUUUAGCAUUCUGAGAAUCAGUCUUAAGUUGUUAUAUAUUAACCUUUCUUCUCACUAUCUAGCCAACCUACCUCCUUUUCUGACCCUAUCUUUCCUGGCUGAUAUCUUUUCAAUGACUUCUUGCACAAAAAUCAUCAUUAGUAAUAGAUUACUAUCUAUUUGAACUCAACAUGCAUCUCUACAUUAUCUUUUGGGUUACCUGGGAUUGAAUCUUGAGAGACUCUAGUAUUCCAUGAUUCACCGCCAUAUAGCUUUAGCAGAAGAAUAUUUAAAAAGCAGAAGUAUUAAAAAAGGGGGAGGUUUGUGUCAAGUGUCUUAGAAUCUUUGAAAGCACUGUAGAAUUCUUAAAUGUAAUUCAGCCUGCUCUCUUCUUCACUUGUGAUAAUGGAGCCAGCUCAAUGUCCAUGGGUAAUGCUUAUUUGAGAUAUGUAGUACUGAUCGACUGUCCAUCAAUGACAAAUCAGAGUUUAGACAAUGAGCAUUCCAUUUGUUGUUUUUUAUUUGAAUUAUUAGGCCAAUCUAUGUUGAAUGGUAAUUGAUCUCACUGAAGAAGCUCUGUUGUGUUCUAUAGCUUAAUAUGAUCAGCACAAUGUUAUCCUCACCUUCUAUACGGAAUCCCUCUUUCAUUUGAAUUCUGCACAAAACAGCUUCCAUAACAUUGGUGAGCAUGUAUCUCCCUAUUUGCUGCCUUUCUUAAUACUGGUAAUUAGAGAAUCGUUGAACAAAAUUAGGUUGGUAGGUGAUUCUAUUCAUGAAUCUUGAGUGAUUUUAGAUUGGAGAUACCUUUUUGAGAGAAGAGCCUUUAAGGCUGUUUUACUCACCCCUGAAUCAAAGGCUUUUUAUAUCAUCAGUAAACACAAUGUGAUCUUCUUGUAUUUUCCAGACUUUACAUUCAAUUAUAUGGCUGUGAAGAUGUCACCUGCUAUAGAAAAUCAUUUGAGAAAACCUACUUUUUCCCCUUUUCACAUUUCUAUCAAAGAUCCUUUUGAUAAAUUUGUAGGUCACUCCCAUGAAGUUUUAUAAAACUGAGACACUGGGUUUGUGGAUCAGGAGUUUUUCAUAGUUUAGAUGUCUUUUUUGGUAACAACCGCAUCCAUAAUUUUCGCAAACAUUUUCAUCCUCCCUUUUUUCAGUUAUUUUGAAAAACUGUCAGGGCUUUCAAAAUCAUGUUGUCUCCAGCAUAGAUUUCUUCUGUGGUGUUUAGUCUCUUAUAGUUAUUUGUCCCAUCUUUAUCUUCUUUAGUGGCAUUCUACUUCCAUACAUAACAUGUCAGUGAUUAAUUAAGGUAGCAGAGUCAAAAUCUAAUGGCUCUAAAAACAUCAGUUCUCUUUUAGAAUAGUUUGUUAAGCAAAUGCUAACAGAUCUGUUGCAAUUUUUUAUUCACGUUCUACAUGUAGCUUCAUCUUUAAAGGCUGGAUACUCUGACGUAGUUCAAUUUGCUUCAGUCGAUCAACAUUUACUGAGAACUAUGGCAUUAAGAAUACAAGCCUACAUUAUACUAAGUUGCAUGCCAAACUUUCUUCAGAUAUGUUUUCCCCUCCAUUUCUUUUUAACUCUUUUGUGAAGGGUUGCUACUUGUGAUCUUUCACUCUCCUCCAUAGGAUUUCACAGAUGAGUUUCUAAUCUAAAAUCAUUUGCAUGCGAUGAAACCAAUUUCAACUCUUUUAUUUGCCCUUCCAACCUAUUUGUAGUGUUCUGGUUUUUUACUUAACACAAUAUGUACAAGUGGAUUUGUGAUAAGGUUACAAAAACUCCAAAAGAACUCAACCAACCAAUAAGCAUUUAUUAAAUGCCACUAUUCACUACAUAGUAUGCUAGGCAAUAGGGCUACAAGGACAUUUGCACUUUGGAAGUUUAUAGUCCAUUGAAAAGCCAACAUGCCCAUACAUAUAAACAAAAUACAUGCAAAAUAAAGCUUGUGUGUGUGUGUGUACACAAAACAAUAGUUAGAUCAAUAGGGAUGACUUUUACCAAAAAAAAUUAAUUUUACUAGUUGAAAUUCUCAUCCUGGGACCCUAACAUAAGGGUCAGCAUAUAGGAGAUACUCAUUACACUCUUGCUAAUCCAUCAUUACCAAGUAUCAUUUCUAAAUGUGUUCCUGAUAAAGUAAUGGAAUCUCAGAUUUAGAAAGGAAUUUAGAAGUAUCUGGCUUUGACUGACACCUGAACAGAAAUCCCCUCAACAGCAACCUCCACAAGGGAACAUCUAACCUCUCCUAGGACAUGCUUAAGGGAUGGGCAGGAUGGGGAAGGUCACUACCACCAGGAGCACUCAUUCACCUUUUGAACAGUUCUUUUUGUUGAGGUUUUCCCUUGCAUUGGUCAGUGAUAUGAAGCUGAAAUCUUCUUCUCUGUACCUUCUACCCAUUGCUCUAGCUUCUCCCUUCUGAAGGCAUACCAACCCAGCUUAAUCCCCCUUUCCAACUACAAAAGAAUUGUGAGAUGGUGGAAAGAGCAUUGUAUUUGGAAACCAAGGCCCUGGGUUCAAAUCCUAGGGGUUCGACUUGUUAUCUGUAUGGAACCCUGGGCUUUAGUCUCCUCAGAUAUAAAAUGAGAGGCUUGAAUACAAUGGUUUAUAAUGUUCCUGCCAACAGCAGUUUUAAAUAUUUGAUGACAGUGAUUAAGUUCCCCAAAGCCUUCUCUUCUCCAAACUAAACUUUAUUUCCAGUUUUCUUCAAACAGUCUUUCAAUGGCCUGGCAUCUCUAGUUCCCACACGCAUCUAGGUACUGUGGGAAACAUAAAAAUAUCCUUACCCAUUAAGAGUCUAUAGACUCCCUGGAGUUCAGAUAUAUCUAUAAGGAAAGUCUACUAAUGAAUAUCUGAUGAUAGUAAUCAUGUAUCACAAGAAGCAGCAUGGUGGUAGGGGUUAGGACACUAGGCUUGGAGUCAAGGAGGUCUCAGUUUGGUUCCCCUAUCAGAUAAUAACUAGCUAUGUGACCCUGGACUAAUCACUUAAAUGCUCCAUGAUCUGGUUUCUUAAUCUAUAAAAUGGAGGUAUUGGACUAGAUGGCCUUUGAGGUCCGUUCCAGCUCUUAAAAGAAAAACUAACCCCCUUAAUAGUUUUGAUGACUUCAUGAGAGGAAAUCUUAUUACUUUCUCAUGAAAUCCUAUGACUUCCUUUCUAUUGAUUUUAAAAGACAGUACAGCCGAAGCUCAGAAAUUCAGUCUCUACUCAUUCCAAAUUGAUCAAAGUUCCCAUGAGCAUUGGGAGUUGUGCCAAAACUUGUCUUCGCUAAGCAAAAUGUGUCUUAAUUAUGAGGAAGAUAACAGGAGUAGAGCUUGAACUAUUUGAAGGAAUAAACCACCCCCCAGCAUUUUAGAAGUGCCUAUUUGCAUACCAAUAAUUGACAUGCAUUGCUAUUUGAACUAGAAAUCUUUUAAAACAUCAUCUUUUCUCAAGACCAAGGAAACUUGGGAUACCCUCAAUUUCCAUUGCUCUGUAUCCAAAUAGAAAAGCAGCUAAAAUGUGGUGCCGAGAAUAUAGAAUUGAGAAUCAGGCGACUUGGAUUUGAUUCCAACUCAGCCACUAACUCAGUGUUACCUUGAACAAGUCACAUGAUCCCUCUCAACUGCAGUUUUUUCAUCUAUAAAAUGAGCAGGUUGAUAUCAAAUGGUCUUUAAAUUUUCUUUCCUGCCUUAUGUGUGCCAACAUUCUUUGUUCUAAGGUCCUUCGUAAUCCUAACAUUCUGUGUUCUCAAGUCUCCCCUGCCAUUUUGUGUUCAAAGGUUUCUUCCAGCUCAAUGAUUCUGUGAAACCUCAAAGCUUAAUUAAAAUGACCUUUUAGAAAAUGCAAGAUAUUUUUAAAUUUCACCUAGAUUAUGAGGGUCAGAAGACUUAGAAUAGAAGCCAGAAGGCCUGAGUUCUAUUCGUGACAAGUUACUUACUAGCUGUAUGAUUGUAAACCAGUUAAUUUCCCUGCUUUGCCUCACUUUCCUCAUCUGCAAAGUGGGAAUAAAAAUACCUGUCUUGUCUACCUCACUUAGCAGCUGUGAGGAACAAAUGAAAUAAUGGAUACAAAACUCCUUUUUAACCAAGAUACCCUUCUAUAAAUGUUAGCUAAUAUUAUCAUGGAGGGUCUAGAGAAGAAGCCAGAUUCUGCCCACCUAACAGGGUUGUUGUGAGGAAAGAAAGUACUUUGUAAAAUUUUAAGUGCUAUAUAGUAAUGAACUAUAAUGCACUAGUAAUGUUAUUUUUCUAUCCCAUUCCAUUCUCAAUUCCAUUCUCAACAGUAACAGAGAGAAGCAUUGACAUGAUUGAUUUCUGCUCUACUAUGAGUCCUAAUGAUUUUCUUGGGAGACAGUGCAGGGUAGUGGAUGGACAACCAACCUUGGAGUCAAGAAGACCCAGUCCUUGACAUAUAUAAUCUUUGUUACCAUGGGCAAGUCCCUUGACUUCCUGGUGUCCCAAGAGACUAUCUAAGAUUAUAAAUUAUAGACAAAUGCAGACGGAUCUGCAUUUGUGGUGGUAGUUUCCACACUAGGAUUCCCCUACACUGAUGACAUCACAAGUCUGGGUCAAAAAUAAAAAUGAUUAUCUUAGACAAAUAUAAUUACAUGGACUAAAUGACCUCUAAGGUCCCUUUCAACUCUAACAUUCUAUAUUCUAACAUUCUAUGUUUGAAGAACCCUUCCAGCUUGAACACUCUAUGUUUUAAUACUCUAUAAUCUAAAGUCCUUUCCAACUUGAAGAUUCUAUUAAUUCCAUAAUUUCAGUAUUAUCCAUUUACUUUCCCCUGAGGAUUAGGGGAGGCAAAUCAGAGUCAGAGUGUGCUGGAUGGAUGGUAAAAAACAAUUCUGGAAAUGUAAUAUUGGUCAUGGAUGAUCAACCAAUGAGAUAAUCAGAACUUCAUUGUGUGUAACUGGGGUAGGGAAAGUACCGAAGCUAACAUGCUGUGGAAUGUUCCUGUAUUUUUACUCAUCUCUGAUUUGUCAGUGCUUAUAAAAUCUUGAAGCUAACAUUCCUGCCAUGUAUAGACGAACGUAUAUUCUCUCAAAUACAUUCUGUAAAUGCCACAAGUAUAAACUUUAGAAUGAGAAAUUGUUGCAUGAUUUUAUGUCUUGAAAAGCAAGAGCCCUCUUGGUGGAAGAGAUUCUGUAAUUUGAGAUUGGUCAUAUUGAGUCUGACAUUUUCCUGAAUCUGAAGGCUUCCAGGCCCUGAGUUGUCAGUCUCAGCAUCUAACCUCUCCUGUGGCAACAGGAACUAAGACCCUAAUGGCAUGAUUCCCACCAUGUGGGUUGCCAGACUGAAGAAUCACAGAAUCCACAACCCAUGAUGGCAUUUUAUUUGUGAAAUGAUCUUUUUAUACUUCCUGAAAUUGAUUAUUUCCCAAAUUGUAUUUGUAUAGCUACCUUCAUAGUAGGACCAUACAUCAUUCUCACAUCUCCCUUCCACCUCCCUGAGGCUCCCUUCCAUUUACCCCAACUCUUAGUCAUGAGGGGCUGUUGUGUUACCAUUUUUACAGAUGAGUCAAAAUCACACACACACAGAUGAAAAGGUAAAAUAAUUGACAGAAGUCCACUCACAGUGGGUUCUAAAUACCUGAAGCCUUGUUACCAGCAGGUUGCAACAAAAUCUUAUAGCAACUCCUAAGCCUCCACAUAUAGUGAUUCCCUCUGAAAUAAUUAUUAUUCCAAAGAUAUCAAAAUAAUUUUGAUAUAGGACACUUGUCUGAGAGUAUUACCUGGGUUUCAGUUCUGGCUCUAUCAUUAAAUUCUUAUGGAACCUUGGACAAGUCAUUUCAUACCUCUGCUCCUCAGUUUACUCCUCUGUAAAGUAUGGAUGUUGGAUGAGAUCAUCUCUAAGAUCCCGUCUGGCUCUUACAAUGUCUUAAUACUCUGUUCUAAGACCUUCCAAGAUUGGAGAUUCUCUGAAUCAUCAUGACUCUGUUAACCUGGUAUUGCAAAGCUCAUGCAUCUCUCCUCCCAACAGUAUUAGAAAAUCUGUGCAUGGCCUCACAAGAGAAAUGAGCCUCCUCAUAGAUGCAUAGAAUGUCUGAACUCAGAGAUCAUUAGUCCAGCCUGCUCAUAUUUACAGAUGAGGGAAUUGAAACUCAAAGAAAUAACAUAACUUACCCAAAGUGACAAAUCUAGGAAGUAAUAUAAUUGUGAGAUGAACCCAGUUUUCUCAACUCCACAAGUUUAGUACUCUACAUCAAUCCACCACCCCUUAAGUCAUAAUGUAUUGGUACCUUAGUGUCUUGACGCAGAACGGGUCUUAAAUCAUUGUUUCUUGACCUUGUGGUAAGAUUAGAUUGGGAAAUGGUGUGUUUGAGGUGGAUGCAGCAAUGAAAUCUGUUGCCCUGUGGUACCAGCCAACACUCACUGCAUCGACAGUAUAGAGGGGAUCCAGAAACAAGCAGGAUGGGAGCAUUAUUAGUACUUAUCUCAUCGUUUCUAAAAGAAUCUCAUACUGUUAAAUACAAGGAAAGUGUGAGGGAGGGAGUAUGGUAGCAACAGCUGCUUUCUUCAGUUUUCAGGCAUUUGGCACUUCUACUGUGAAUUCACAGCCUCUCUGCAAAUGAUAUUGCAUAUCAGACCUAUGGAGAGAAUGAAAGUAUUCCCCAACUAAGCAAGGAAUGUGACCAUAAUGUAUUCUCAAUCAGUUUUAUAAAGACCCACUUUGUUAUCCAUUCUCAACAUGACUUUUUUUCAAAUGAUUUAUGCCUGUGCCAGAGAAGAAAUGGUUAUUUAUGUAUUCAUGUUGCAUAAUCUCCUAUGACUUUAGUGCCAAAAUGCAUGGUUUUCCACUUAGCAUACAAGCAUCAUGUAGAUGGUAUUUUUCAUGUUCCUACCUACUCCUCAUAGUAAGUUGUAAAUUAGUUUCUAUAUUUUAAUUGGUUUCUUGUGAAAGUGGUUGCGCUGUUCGGGACUGUCUUUUCCAGCAGACCACUGCAUGCCAUUGGUGGAAUGCCUUUCUACAACCCUUGUGAACUGUCUUACCCAUAAUAACCUCUGAACUUUAACCUUGUGUGGGAGGCAUCUUUUGGUUUUGGUGAAGUAUUUUGUUACCUCAGUCUUGUAUUCAAGUUGCUGUAUUUUUUCAGCUUGUUACAUUGAUAAUGAUUGUUCCACUAAUUAAAUACUUUAAUGUAAAAAAAAAAA